AUGGGAGGACACUUCAAAGCCAAAGCCGAGCCAAUGAUCAGUACAAUCUCCGGGCCUAUGGAUGCCAAACAUGUGGGCGGUAUCGAUGUCACGGGCAACAUGGGUUCGGAGAUUGAUCACUACUUCACCAAGAGUGCCUUGGAACCUGACGAGCUUCCCUCGCAUACCUUCGUUGCUACUGGGAAAAUCGAAGUCCCAAAGAGAUCCGGCACCUUUGCGCACUCCAUACGCAGACCAAGCAUAUCGCUGCCAGCCACCAUCACACUCUCCAGAAGCAAAUCCAUCUCGCAUCAUGCAGAAGCACGAAAACCCCCGACGGUCGCAAAUGAAAGCCACAAGCCAUUUGCGAGAUCGGACAGUGUGAUGAGCGGCCAGUCACUCAGAAUGCGACCCAGCAUAUCGCGCUUACGGCAAAGAAUCGGAUUAGACAAAGAGAAAUCGUCCACUGCGGUCGGAAUCAUUCGCUCAGUCGAGAUUAAGACGAAAUCUGAACAUACCCAGACAAAUCGUGUACCAUCCUUGCGCGCUCAAGACUCUCGAGCUCGUGAUACUACUACUUCAUCUACCUCCUCUUCCCCAUCACAUCACACCCUCGCAAAAAUCAAUCCACCUCCGUCAGUUCCUCCCUCUACCACCAACACUACCAACCGUCCACUCCCACCCCCUCCCCAACGCACUUUAAACCACGCACCCAAACCGAACCCAACCACCUCCAAACCACCAACCGCUGGACCCCAUCCCAACCACGCAGAUCCCCGCACCGCACCACCACCAACACGUGCCAUCCCCAACCAGCAGCAGAACCCCAUUCCCUUCCAAGACAUCAUGGGCGUAGACAAUCUAGCCGAGCGAAUGCAUUUGUACAAGGCUACGCGCGAGUACUGGGCCUAUGCGGAUCACGACUUGGUGGCAUGGACGGGGCGGGCGGCGGCGCGGAAACCGUUGGGGUAUUAUUGUGGGUGA